AGCCGUUCCUCCGCUUGUUGCCCGAUGGGGAUCGUUUCACGCCCUCGCCUCCUCUCCGAGAAGACCAGAAUUCGAGGCCGCCGUCUCCUCGCCGUAUCUCUCUUUCUUCUUCUCCGCCACCCCAAAGCCCUAAUCCCCCUAUCGCCCCUUGGUAACUCUUACCAUAAGAAAUGUCUAUUGUUUCCAUGACUAGAUGGGGAGGGGAGCAGGAGGAAGGGACAGAUCAAACACUGAAUAUGCACCAAGAUUCGAAGAGAAGGAGCGCCGGACUGGGUGGGGUGUUGCCCCUCCCUCGAGGCACCUCUGGGUCGGGAACUUAGGCCCUCAUGUGACGCAGAGCACUCUAUCGGAGCAUUUUCUGAGGUUUGGGGAAAUAGAGAACAUAACUCACAUUCCAGGCCGGAACUAUGCCUUUGUCGACUAUAAGAAAGAGGACGAUGCUGUCAUUGCAUUGAGAGGGCUCCAAGGUUUCAAUAUUGCUGGGAUGCCUCUUAGAAUCGAGUUUGCAAAGGGGGACAGGGCUUCAGUAUUAUCACAGGAUGGGAAACGUCCACAAUUUGGUGAUGAAAGACGUUCCAUCGAACAGGUAGAAGCACAGUUUCGGAGAGAUACAAGACCACUGCGGCUGAGUCCGGAAAAGUCAUAUGACAAGUCCAAGGGAAACAAGAGUGCAGAACCUAGUGAGAUGUUGUGGAUAGGGUUCCCAUCAUUCUUGAAUGUUGAUGAAGUGGUUCUGAGAAGGGCAUUUUCACCCUUUGGUGAAAUUGAGAAGAUUUCUACAUUUCCUGGUCGUAGCUAUGCAUUUGUUCGAUACCGAAGUGUAGUGGCAGCUUGCAGAGCUAAAGAAGCUCUUCAGGGAAAACUUUUUAACAAUCCCCGUGUAAAUAUAUGUUUUGCCAAGAGUGAUUCUACCCCGGCUGAACAUGGAAGGAACCAAAUAAAUGGUCCAUUCCCUCCACCUUUCAAAUCUAAUUAUCAACCUGGUUUGAUUGGACAUGGUAGUGAGACUUUCCCAGGGGAUAGAAGCUUUGAGACUCUUGAUGGAGAGUUUCACAUGGCAUCUCCUCAUUAUAUCUCAAUGUUUGAUAGGUUGUCUGGAGAUGCCAGUAUUAUGGGUUUUGGUAAGAGUAGUUCUGUAAGACCAGGAGCAGGCCCAGUACCCAAUUUAGGUGAUAUUUUUGAACAUAAUAGACCACAAGAAACUGGAUUGGAACGACGGUUGUCCAAUGAUCUGUAUGAACGCCACAGAAAUAGUCCUGCAGCAGAGAGGGGUGCAGCAUGGCAUGAUAUCCCUUUUGAGAGAUCUCGAAGAGCUCCACCUUUUGAAGAUUCUUGGGGCAUGGUGGAAGGCCCUCUUCCUUCAGCCAAGAGGCUGAGGACAGACAUAUUUUUGGAUAAAGAACUUCCUGAGUAUCCAUUCUCUGACUUCGAACAAGAAAAGCGUGAUCCUAGCCUGCUGAAAUUAUUUCCGAAUUUGCCUGAACAUGAUAUAUAUAAUAAAAGCUUUGACUCUGUUCCUUUUGGCCCUAAAGGAUUUCCUGAUCAUUCAAGGAAUCCAAUCCGUCCACUUGCUGAAAGUGAUGACUCUUGGAGAACUUUUGAUCAUUUCAAUGCAGGUGCUGGUCCAUUACCUUUACCAGCCAAACUGCAGAGUAUAAAUCCAGAACCUCAUCAGCCUCCACUGAAAGAAGAGUGGAAAUGGGAGGGAACUAUAGCGAAGGGAGGCACUCCGGUCUGUCGAGCUCGUUGCUUUCCUGUUGGAAAAAUUCUGGAUUUUAUGCUGCCUGAGUUUCUAAACUGCACUGCAAGGACAGGUCUUGAUAUGCUUGCCAAACAUUACUAUCAAGCAGCUAGUGCUUGGGUGGUUUUCUUUGUUCCAGAAACGGAUGCUGAUAUUGUUUUCUACAAUGAAUUCAUGCACUAUUUGGGUGAGAAGCAACGUGCAGCAGUUGCCAAGCUGGGGGAAAAGAUUACCUUAUUCCUUGUGCCACCAUCAGAUUUUUCUGAACAAGUACUGAAAGUACCUGGGAAAGUUAGCAUCUCUGGUGUCAUUUUGAAGUUCCAGCAGCCCAGUUCUGACUUCAGUUCUUCUCGUCAUUCACUUGAAGUGCCAGAAUCAAAUCUCCCACCUCUGGUGCAGCAGCCAAAUGAUGGUGUUAGUGUUUGUGAAGAUCCAUUGUUCCGUAAGUCAAAUUCGCCUGAUUUCAGGGCAUCCUCUCAGGGCCAAAGCUAUUUCAGCUCAUCAUCGGGACCUUUAACUCCAGUGACUUCUGCUUUUCCACUACCUCAUAAACCGGGUGACACUCAUCCUUACUCAGGAUUUGUUCAUUCAAUGGAAAAAUUGCCAGAAUUUCAUGGAGAGAAAAGACAUGACCAACUUCAGCAUCAAAAUCUGCCAAUGCCACCGAACUGGUCCAAUCACAUGAACAUCCCAAGUUCUAGCUUUGGGAAUUUCCGUCCCCCAGCUCCAAAUGCUGUAUCACAUUCAUUUGAUAAUUCUGCAGGAGAAGCAUAUCCAUCAGGAAAUUCUCGGGUAGCACAAGGAACAACCUCAAGCAAUUACAUACCUGAAACUUCAGGUAUCGCUCCUUUUCCUGCAAGCAAGUUCCCUGUGCAACAAGAAACUAAACCUCAGCUCUCUUCACCUAUGCCACUUCCUCUACAACCUGAGCAACUUGCCCACCUGGCAGCUCUUCUUGGGCAGCAGAAACAACCAGGAAAAGAUCCUGCAUUACCAACAGAUAGGGACAAUCAACAGGCAAACCCAAUGCAAAGCCCCAGUCUGCAUGCACAUGCUUCUGUUAUGCAUGCACAGACCUCUGUGCUGCACGACCAUGCUUCUGCACCUCCUGGCUCAUCAGGUCCCCACAUUAACCAAGUGCAACAAUUCCAGCAGCAUCCUUCUACUGUUCCUGCAGUCCAACCGACUGGAAAUCCUGUGCAACAAAGUAGCCAGCAAGUACCGAACAGCAUGCGGGAGGAGACAGAAGCAGAUCCCCAGAAGCGUCUCCAGGCAACGUUGCAGCUGGCUGCAGCACUACUUCAACAGAUACAGCAGCAGUCAAAGACUGGUGACCAACGGUAGAUCGAGUGUAUCUUGAAGAAGCUCUGGUUAACUUCUGAGAUGGAGCCAAUGUUUAGUGUUGCCACAUUUGAUUGUCUUUUCUGCUGAUAGCAUCCUCUCCUGUCAAUGUUAGCCAUCCACCAUGUUUCCAUGUUGCCACAAUCAGCAGCACUCUAGACCAUGUUGUGGCUCAAGUUACGAUGGUGAAGUGCUUUCUAGUAAUGCACAUAAGUUACCAUGUUUAAGCUUCAGAAUAAAUCACCGGUGUACAAGGUCAUGUAUUAGCUAUAGCAUAAGCAGCCAGACCUGGUACUUUUUUUUGUCAACUUUUCUAGCCGUUGAUUUCACUGCAACAGAGAUUUUGUUUUGAGUUCUCCCAGAUGAUAAGCAUUGAAAUUCA